AUGCAUCGCAUCUUCUUAAUUUCAACAAUUAGGUCUUUAAUUUUCCAAAGACAUGAACAGUGCAACAACCUUUUCGUAGCCAAAUUUAUACAUAUAGGAGUGGCCAUUUGCUAUGCACCACUCACCAAAUCGAAGAGAAAGAGGGUUAUAAUCAUCAGCAGCAAUUUGUGAUGAUGAAGAGUCUGAGGCAAGUGAAGAAAAGCAAAAGCUAUAGGCUUGAAAAGUGUUCAUCAGAAAUGGAAAAGCACCAAUUCACAGCACCCAGUGAGCAAUAUUCGACAGGGUUUGUGACAAAAAAUUCACCUCCUCCGGCUGUGGAGUUUCCAACCUCUCCACAGCUGAUAUUUGGAGAGGAAAUUGUUCACUUCAGCCAUCCUCAGCACCCUCUUUCAAUGGUGGAUCUCCCUGACCUCUUCAACUGUGUAGGCUGCAAAGAAUAUGGCUCCGGAAAGAGGUUUGUUUGCCAACAAUGUGAGUUUCAGAUGCAUGAUUUCUGUGCCUUGGCUCCUCCCACUCUCAAGGCACACCCCUUUCACUCUCAACAUUCUCUCUUGUUCCACUCCAAACCAGGAAAAAGUGGAAUGGGAGGGAAAGUGAAGUGCGACGUGUGUGGGAAACCGACGAAGGGGUUCGCCUUCCUCUGCACCGCCUGCGCCUUCCAGAUGCAUCCAUGCUGCGCCAUGCUCAACACCGAGAUCGACUUCCCUUCCCAUCCCCACACUCUCAAGAUCCUCCCCACCGCCUCCUCCGCCGCCGUCGACCCCUCCUCCUUCGUCUGCGCCGAGUGCAAGAAGCGAAGGUCCGGCAAGGUAUACCGCUGCACCGUCUGCGACUACCACCUCCACGCCGCCUGCGCCAAGACCAAGAUCAACGGCCUCCUCGCCAACGGCAUCAGGCCGCCGCAGAAGCCCAGCGUGCUCGCCGCCGCCGCCCGCGUUGCCUCCCAGGUGGUGAUUGAGUUCAUCGGAGGACUGGUUGAGGGCAUCGGAGAAAGCGUCGGCGAUGUGCUUGUCCAGAACAUUGCCAAAGGAAACACUGUUUCCCCCGCUAAUGCUAGCCCCAAACCACGUUACAGAUAAUCCAUUACUCCCCCAACAAAAAAAGGAUGAAUCUAUUUCAAGUUUCCUCUGACACGUUUGGGAAAAGAUAAAAGCACACAAGAAAAUAUUUAUGCUACAAUAUUUGUUUUUCUAGAAUGUGUCUCCCUCUGAAAUGCAAAAGUGGAAAAAAGAUAAUCUAUUCCUAAUUUUCUAGAUACAUUCAAUGUAGGCUAUUUUUUUCAUAUAGGAAAAAAAAAUAAUUGUAUAGUAUUGAUUGAUGCAAAUAGUGUCGAUUCUGUGUAUAUUUUGUUGGUUUGUGGAGGGGAGUUCUAAAAGGUGGGUAGGCUAGUGUUUCAGUAAAUUCAAGUGAUUGUUAUAUGUAUGUAAGUUGUAAGAUUUCAUAUAUAUAAAUAUUGCAUGAUUUGUCA